CCUACGGCUGAAAAUGAAAUCAAUGACGCAUCUCCGCAAACCCGGGAUUUCUCUUUCUCCAUUUUCGUCCCUCCAUCUAUUUCUUUCCUUUUGGUUGCAUUUCCACCGGUUCUUCUUCUUCUUCUUCUUCUUCUUCCUACGGAUUUUUGCUUACAAGCGAAAAUGGGGCAACAGACGCUCAUCUACAGCUUCGUCGCUCGUGGCACGGUCAUCCUGGCCGAUUACACCGAGUUCACCGGCAAUUUCACCACCGUCGCUUCUCAAUGCCUCCAGAAGCUUCCCUCUUCCAACAACAAGUUUACCUACAACUGCGAUGGCCAUACCUUCAAUUACCACGUCGAAAAUGGAUUCACCUACUGUGUAGUUGCGGUUGAAUCUGCAGGCAGGCAAAUUCCGAUAGCAUUUUUGGAACGAGUUAAGGAAGAUUUCAACAAGAGAUAUGGUGGAGGGAAGGCUGCAACUGCUGCAGCCAAUAGCCUGAACAAAGAGUUUGGAUCCAAAUUGAAGGAGCAUAUGAAGUAUUGUGCUGACCAUGCUGAAGAGAUCAGCCAACUUUCCAAAGUGAAGGCUCAGGUUUCUGAAGUCAAGGGUGUUAUGAUGGAAAAUAUUGAGAAGGUUCUUGAUCGCGGUGAGAAGAUUGAGCUACUUGUGGACAAGACUGAGAACCUUCGCUCACAGGCACAAGACUUUAGGCAACAGGGAACUAAGAUCAAGAGAAAGAUGUGGUUUGAGAAUAUGAAGCUCAAACUAGUUGCCCUGGGUAUAUUUGUUAUUUUGAUUCUUUUCGUCGUGUUAUCAGUCUGUCCCGGCUUUAAAUGUUAACUUGGAUCAGCAUACUUCACUUUGAAACCUGGCAGACUAAGUCAUCUUGAUAGGUUGGUUUGGUCUUUUAUUUUCUUGUUUUAAGCUGAAAAUGUUUCUCCCUGUUCUAGCUUUUCAGGAUAAGGGGAGCCUUUGCACAUUGAAUUUUUUGUAUAGAUUACAUCUGAAUUUCUUGUAUAGAUUACAUCUGAAUUUCUUGAUGUAGAUAAAUGUUGCCAUGAUAGCUUCUGGUUCAAGAUGUAAUAUGGAAGAACUUGGAUGUCAAGACUUCAUAUUGACAAUUUUUAGCUAUAUCUUAUAAAUCCUUUUUUUUUUU